ACGCCGCCCUGCCUCGAGACCAGGCAUGGCUAAUGGAGUGGAAGCAAGAAGAAGCACCACCCCCGCCACUACCCCAAGCUACCGCCGCUCCUCCCUUCUUCUCUUAUCGCUAUCCUUACUUGUUCUCUCUCCUCUGAUCCUGUCCCCAGUUCGAGGAGACGACUUUGGGGAUAGAGAUGGGAGAGUCGAUAAAGAGUUGGCAGAGGAGAACCAGGGGCCGGACCCCGCCGAGAGGGCCAUCGGCAUCACGGGGCUCACGAGCCGGUGGGAUGCCAUCAAAACCUGGGCCAAACUUGGCUGGAUGAAUUUCCGGCCACCUGAAUCCUGGUACCAUAGGAGAGAUCACUCAAGCGCGGGUGAAGUGAUGAGGGAGGCUGCCACGAGGAGCUUUGAUACGGGCAAAGAGACGGUAGUGCAUACAGCGGAGUCAGCAGCCAAGGUGGCAGAGGAGGCCAUGCAUAAGACGAAAGAGAUGGUUAAGAGGACCGUCUCCAGGUCGGAAGGCAACCCGGAUGCAGAGCUUUAAAUCGAUUGUUAGAUAUAAUUUUGUCGUUGAAUGUAUUUGUAGGAAUUAGCUGUCCUUUUCUUUCAAAUAGAUUGUUCUUAAUGUGGUUUUGUAUGUGUAUUAUGUGUUUGUAAGUGCUGACUGAAAUGGUUUGUUUCUACUUGCAAUUUUACAUCAUUCUUGGCUAUAUUUGUUGUUCUAGUAUGUUAGUAGGAGUUCUUCAACAACGAUCCUUUGUUCUCUCAGUUCGAUUAGUCUCAAUGCGGUUUGUACUUUCUGU